UACCACCGAACUAGAAAACAUUCUAGAACACUCUACCAAAACAAUAAAACCCUAGGGUCAUUGGCCCGUGGGCUUUGCUUGGCUUCGUGCGCUCGGUGCGGCGAAACAAGCCGGCUGGCUCUGCAGCCGCGACGAAGAAAACGGUGCUAGUGUCGGACGGUCCGCUGUGGGCCAGUCACAGCCCUUGUUUUUCCGUCGAAACCGUGACCACCGGUGGAUCAAAGGCCCGGUCAACCGUUCGUAUCAGUAGAAUCAAGACAAAAUACGUAAAGAAUGCCCGUGAUCACGGAAAUUGACGAAGACGUCAAGCUCCGAGUGGGUCCAAAGGGAGAUGGUCCGGACGCAGUUGCCGAGGUCGCCAAAGGCGACGGCAGAGAGGAGACCUCCAGUGGUUCGAGGGCCGUGAAAAUUGACGGUUCAGGGGAUGACGACGACGAUGACUCGGACAUGCCGCCGCUGGAGAGCUUUGACGCCGGCGCCGAAGAGUCGUCAGCCGACAAGGCGACCAAGAAGAAGGAAAAGAAAAUCGUAAUCGAAGACGAGGAACCGGAGAAAGAAGUCGACGAGGACGGCUGGCUAGACGUCCUCGGAAGCGGCGAACUCAAGAAAAAGGUGAUCAAGCCGGGCCUGGGCAAAGACUCUAGGCCGCAGCGGUCCAACUGGGUUGUGCUGAACGUGAAAGGCACACUAGAAGAUGGCACUGUCUUCGAGGAACAUAACGACUGGCGCAUCAUCUUGGGGGACAUGGAAACUGUCUGUGGCUUGGACAUAACACUUGCCCUCAUGGAGAAAGGAGAGAUUGCUGAAAUUGUGGUCCCGGCCAGGCUGGGUUAUGGAGACCAAGGAAGGGAGCCAGAUGUGCCCCCCAAGGCAAAGCUGCACUUCAAUGUGGAACUGCUGGACACCUAUCCUGCCAAGGAUGAGAGUGACCUGCCUUUCCAAGAACGCCUCUCCAUUGGUGAUGCGAAACGCGAGAGGGGAAACUUUUGGUACAGCCGUGGCGACUACUCUAAUGCAGCACACUGCUAUAGGAGGGCAUUGGAUUUUCUUGACGACAUGGGUCUGAACCUCUCAGAGUCACCCGCCGACCUCCAGUUGCUGCUGGAUACACGGUUAAAAGUCUACAAUAACCUAACAGCAACACAGAUGAAGAUGAAGGCCUAUGACGCAGCGCUUAAGUCGGUGGACUUCGUUCUGAAAGUUCAGCCCAACAAUGUCAAGGCAUUGUACCGGAAGGGAAAGAUACUGGCUGACCAAGGCAAUUAUUCCGAAGCUGUUUCAGUUUUAAAGAAAGCCCUGAAGCUGGAGCCUGAUACUAAGAUCAUUCAGCAGGAGCUCUCACGACUCAUGUGGCACAAAGAAAGACAAGACCGCGUCGAGAGGGCCAUGUACAAGCGUAUGUUUGGCGGAAGCAACAGCAGCGAUUCCAAGGAAUCAAGCAAGGGCUCUCGCUUCAGCAAGAUUCGUAACUGGACGUUGGUCUUGGGCAGCGCGGCGGUGGCAGCUGCGGCUGUGGGCAUCGCUGCCUAUCGCCACCUGGGUGCCAUGUGACGGCUGCCUUCUUGGGGAAUGCUGCACACCUGAAAAGAGCAACAUACACAUGUUGAAGCAUGCGCCUCCUCUCCGUCCACUGCAUGCAGUUGGACUCUGUUCUUUUUUUCUUUUGCGUGUGUGUGUAUGUGUGGAACGGCACCAGCGUGAUGACCACAACGAGGAGACUGCCGGCCUCCUCCGUUUGCUGUCACAGCACAACUUGUGAUGGCGACUGGUGCUUGUUGUUGGAUUUGUUCUUUCAUGCUUUCUUAGUAUUUUAUUAUAUAAAUUUCCCGCCCGUUGCUGUCUGGUCCCUGACACUAAGAAUAUUUUUUCCUGUAAAUGCUUUUUGUCUUGUUUUGCACCAUUGUUACUGUUUCACCAUGCCUGAAAUCUUUUGUACUGGUUGAGUUCUUAUGCAAGACAUUAGCCCCUUCUUGUUUUAAAGAAGUGCGCUUUUGCUCAUGCACGUAGGAUUUCCAUUAGUGAAACCUGUUUGUUAUGUUUUUUUAUAUUUUUCUUCUUCACCUGUUCUAAUAGCAAUACCAUGUCAUUGUUAUGUUGAGUGUGAAAGGUUGUUUAAUAAAAGUCUUGAAACAAGCACAUUCGAGCGACUCAGGCAGCUUUAGCUAUAUUGUGUACAAACCACGCACUGGUUGUCUCACGACGCCAUCUUUGUUGCGCGAACCCCAUCGUAACCGGUGUUCCUGUGUAGAUACUUUUGCAAGGAACAGAGUCGUACCUGUCUCUUCCUUGUCCAGCUUGCACUAAUAGUAGCUGAGCAUUAUAAUAUUAAAUGAAACAUCAAAUGUUCCAGUGAGCCACUCAAAAGCUUAUUGCAUAUGAAAUGUCUGAAUUUUGCCUUGGCUAUCUAGACAUCGCACCAUGGAGGCUGAAGUUCCGCUCUGCAAGCUGCCAGGUUCUAAGAGAGAGGUUGUGCCCAUCAUGCAAAUGCACAAGGCAGACGUGCAUUUGUGCGUUGGCACACUAAGCUUGGCUCCUGCGUGAGCAAGGAGGGAUGUCACUGCAUAGCUUUCGAACAAACAUGGUGGAUCUAUGUGCAAUUGAUCUUUGUAGGAGCAUAUUCAAGGACACUAAUCCGAAUCACUGUUGCAACGGCUGUUUGCAUUAUGGACCGUCAGCGUUAAUUCAUACGCAAACUGAAAGCAACUAGACUGUUUCAUUUCAUGUCCUGUUUCACCUGUUUGCAAUAACAGGGGCUUAAUUCACGUCCCACAAUGGCCGUUUGGACCAAUGCCCUGUUAAAUUAGAUGGCUGCACAACAGUUUGGCCUAGUGCUUAGUUUUCAUUAGAAAAAGUAAUCACUUCUAUUAGUCUGGUUUGUAUUUGGGGUUACAAUGAUGAUACACAAUGAGUGCUGGUGUUGAAUUUAACUUGUGUGCAUGACUUAUGCGAUCUGUCUUUUUUUUCUGCAUCUAAAAUACCACUAGCCAGUGUACAGCUUUUUUUUUUUUUUUUUCAUAAUAAAGUGCCCAGAUUUCCUACACACUCUGAGGUGGCCUUUCACGCACAUUUCCUGUGCUUGUUAUGUAAACUUCACCUUUUUAUAUCGUCAUGAUUGAACAUAUUAAGAUGCCAAAGGUUCUAGAUCCCUAUUGUUUCUGGCUGUUUGACAUGAGUAAAUUGUUGUUUUGUGCGACCAUGAAUGGUAUCCACCACUUAUUAUAUAGUUUCUCUACGCGUAUGAAGUGUUUGUAAAAUAUGUUAUCGACUUGGUUGCUGUACUGCAAGGAACCCUGUUUUUAGUGCUUGGUUAGACUUCGAAUGCAAGAGUGCCUACAGUCUUUAGUCUUGUAAAAGGUCGUAAUGAAGAGGCUGGUUUUGUCGGAAGCUUGCGUGUAACUUCAGUACUUUUAACAGCUGUGAAUGUUGUUGCAUGCUCGCCACAUUACUAUUGUGAGCCUUUUUCUAUUUGCAUUCAAUGAGUCAUUGCAAGCAAUUGUGCUCAGCUGCUGAACGAAAUUGCCUAUAUUGGAGCAGAGCUUAUACUGACGUUUGCUAAGUUUGCACAGUUAGUCCUGUUCUUGUCAGCUUCGGGUAGCAAGCAUAGAAUGCUACAGUAGAGCAGAGAAUUCUCUACUGUAGUACUUUCAGUUUCAACUCAUGGUUUUCCCACAAGUUAUUCUCACAAGCACUGACUGUGGCCUCAACAGAGGAACUGUUGCCAGGGUGCUACCAUUUUCCCAGCAACUUUGCUGUAGCUUAGCUUAUGAAAGUAGAAGACGGUGUUGUCUUUGGUCUUGCUAACCCACAAUCUUCACUCUAAUGUGACAAUUUCCGACAAAAUAUGGGCCAAUUACAAGAGCAAGCAGUACUAUAGCAAACUCCUAGUCAUGUGACUUUAACGGCAUUCACUUGCACACUGUCGGUGCUCAUUAGCGCUGGCUACUGUUGGCUGAAUUGUGGCUGAAUAGUGGCGAAUAUUCACUAGUGAUAGCUAUCUGCUUUUAUAAUAGAGUGUUUUCAUUCUAGCUCGAUUCAGUUGAUCUAGUUCAUUAAUCUUUUUAUGCUUUACUUAUACUUUCUGGCAAGUUUUCUUGCCAUUGCAUGAUGCAGCUAGUUUCUUUUGUCUGUCACCUCGAAGUCAAUUUGUAGCAAUUUCUUUUUACAAGGCAUUUAAUAAUGUGUUUCUGCUUAAGUGCCUCUGUGUCGGAAACUAAAUAACUGUAUCAGUAUAGUUCAACAUUAGGUUAUCAUACAUUUAUAAGCAUUCCAAUGACUGUUAAUGUGUAUGUGCGUGAACGAUCACAGUGUUGCUCUGUUAUCCUUUCACUUCAUUUUUUUUAUAGGAAAAAGGGUUGAUGUGAAAUUUUACUAUAGUGUUAAUAUAUGUGCAGUGGUGUAUAACCACAUGUUGAUCUUUGGGGAUAGAGCUUGAACAAAGCACUUGCCCAGGCAUCUUCUAUGACCUGUUCAUAAGGUUUGUUUGCCAAAACUGUUCUAAUAAAAUGUUUCAUUCCUGCA